AUGAGUGUUCCAGGAGAUCCAGCCUACCCGGAGCCUGAAAGCUGCAGAGGCACCAUGAGUACCGAGGAGGAUGUCAAGUGGCUUCAGUGGGUGACGCACCAGUUUGAGACCAUUGCAGGAGAAGACCGGGAGAUCGACCUGCAGCAUUUCAAAACAGCCCUGAAUGUGAAAGAGUCCUUCUUUGCUGAGCGAUUCUUCACCCUGUUUGACUCUGAUGGAAGCGGCACCAUCACCCCCCAGGAGCUGAAGGAGGCGCUGACCCUGCUCAUCCAUGGUGACCCCAUGGACAAACUCAAAUUCCUCUUCCAGGUGUAUGACGUCAUCAUUCGAAGCAAUGGUUGUGCAGGGCAGGGGGAGUCUGCAGGUACAGAGUGGGGUCCGGGGACAGGCCGCCACUCGGCUUCAUCCCCACUUGGGACAGGCAGCGGCUCCAUCGACCCCGACGAGCUGCGCACGGUGCUGCAGUCGUGCCUGCGCGAGAGCUCCAUCUCGCUGCCCGAGGAGAAGCUGGACCAGCUGACGCUGGCGCUCUUCGAGUCGGCCGACAAGGACUGCAGCGGCGCCAUCACCUUCGAAGAGCUCCGAGACGAGCUGCAGCACUUCCCUGGGGUCAUAGAGAACCUGACCAUCAGCGCUGCGCACUGGCUGACAGCCCCCACCGCCCGGCCGCGCCCGCGCCCGCGACGGCCUCGCCGACUGACCUCCGCCUACUGGCGCAACCACCGCAGCCAGCUGCUCUGCCUGGCCGCCUACGCGGGCCUCCACGUGCUGCUCUUCGCGCUGGCGGCCAGCGCGCACCGGGCCCUCGGCGCCAGCGUCAUGGUGGCCAAGGGCUGCGGCCAAUGCCUCAACUUCGACUGCAGCUUCAUCGCGGUGCUGAUGCUCAGGCGCUGCCUCACGUGGCUGCGGGCCACAUGGCUGGCUCAGGUCCUGCCGCUGGACCAGAACGUCCAGUUCCACCAGCUUAUGGGCUACGUGGCGGUCGGGCUCUCCCUUGUGCACACUGUGGCCCACGUUGUGAACUUCGCGCUCCAGGCUCAGUCCGACGCCAGCCCCUUCCGGUUCUGGGAACUGCUGCUCACCACGAGGCCUGGCAUUGGCUGGGUCCACGGCUCGGCCUCCCCGACCGGCGUGGCGCUGCUGCUGCUGCUGCUCCUCAUGUUCUUCUGUUCCAGCUCCUGCGUCCGCAGGAGCGGCCACUUCGAGGUGUUCUACUGGACCCACCUGUCCUACCUCCCCAUGUGGCUCCUGCUCAUCCUGCAUGGGCCCAACUUCUGGAAGUGGCUGCUGGUCCCUGGCAUUUUGUUCUUCCUGGAGAAGGCCAUCGGGCUGGUCGUGUCCCACAUGGCGGCCCUGUGCAUCGUGGAAGUCAAUCUCCUCCCUUCCAAGGUCACUCAUCUCGUCAUCAAGAGGCCCCCUCUUUUCCACUACAGGCCUGGCGACUACUUGUAUCUGAACAUCCCCACCAUCGCACGCUACGAGUGGCACCCCUUCACCAUCAGCAGUGCUCCUGAGCAGAAAGACAUCAUCUGGCUACACAUCCGGUCCCAAGGCCAGUGGACAAACAGGCUGUAUGAGUCCUUCAAGGCAUCAGACCCAGAAGGCUGUGGUCCCAAGAGGCUGUCGAGGACUUUGAGGAUGAGAAGGAAUCAGAGGAGGGCCCAGGUCUCUGAGAUGUCCUCUGAGAACCACCAGUUCUGUAACAUCAAGUGCUACAUCGACGGUCCCUACGGAACCCCCACCCGCAGGAUCUUUGCCUCGGAGCACGCCGUACUCAUUGGGGCGGGCAUCGGCAUCACCCCCUUUGCUUCCAUCCUGCAGAGCAUCAUGCACAGGCACCAGAAGAGAAAGCAUGUUUGCCCCAGCUGCCAGCACUCCUGGGUGGACGGCGUCCAGGACGAGGACAUGAAGCUCCACAAGGUGGACUUCAUCUGGAUCAACCGAGACCAGCGGUCUUUCGAGUGGUUUGUGAGCCUGCUGACCAAACUAGAGAUGGCCCAGGCCGAGGAGACUCAAGAGGGCUGCUUCCUGGAGCUGCACAUGUACAUGACCUCCGCACUUGGCAAGAAUGACAUGAAGGCCAUUGGCCUGCAGAUGGCCCUCGACCUCCUGGCCAAAAAGGAGAAGAAGGACUCCAUCACAGGCCUCCAGACACGCACCCAGCCUGGGCGGCCCGACUGGAGCAAGGUGUUCCAGAAAGUGGCUGCUGAGAGGAAGGGCAAGGUGCAGGUCUUCUUCUGUGGCUCCCCAGCUCUGGCCAAGGUGCUCAAGGGCCAUUGUGAUCAGUUCAGCUUCAGAUUCUUCCAAGAGAACUUCUAG